CAGUGGUUGCCUGCGUCAAUCGUUUGUGGAGGGCAUCCAGGUCCCAGCAUGAACGCCCCGGACGCUCGCAGCUUCAACGACGAACAUGUGGAGCAAGCCCGUCCGCUUCUGCAACAUCCAGCGGAGCUAAGACUUGGUCUGCCCGCUCUCUCGUCAGAACAAGAGCUUGAUUCCACGGCGCAUCCUCCUCCUCCUACGGCGCCCCAUUACAGAUACACUCCGGGCUUUCCCCCCGCUGCGCCCGACCCCGUAUCACCAGCCACCACCCCUACCCUUUCAGAGCCGGACCUGGGCGGACCAGGCGGAGUCUUUGGCCCGCCCGCCGUCGCCCCGUCGUACGGGCCGCCCGUCAUCGUUGAGGGCCCCUACCGCCGCGUCCCUGACUUCCCUCCUCCUGUGGACUCCUACCAGCAGCCCGCCUGGGAGGCGUCCUUGAACGCCGCCAUGCUCACCGACUUCCGGGACGAGCUGGCCAGGCUCGACGGCGUCAUUACCCCGGGCGUCGACAACACGCCGUUCAUUCACUAUGCCGUCGAAGCCCUCACCCGCGACCGGGACACGGGUUACUCGACUGCUGCCCCUUCCGGCACCUCCUCGUUGGGUCCGGUGUUUGGUUCGGGACAGCAACAGCAACCACAACAAUAUCAACAACAUCCACCACGAUCCUACCAGUCUGAACCAGCACAGCAACGCCCUCCCGUAGCGGUUCCUGCUCCAGCCCAUCCUCCAGCUGCCCACCCUCCCGCCGAGACUGCGCUGCCAGACCCGCCGCUCCAACAGCCACUGAGGCCAUUCAUCCCCGGCCCCCGGGAAUCCGCCCAAUCUCUCGCCGACACCCUGCUCAAGAAGGGGUCGCGCCCUCCCCAGCCGCACGAGUGGCGACCCGUAGAAACGGACGAGCUCCUCGCCCGCGCGCCUGAGCUACCACCGCUGAGCUUCAGGCCCUGGCCGUUGCGGCCUCCCGCCCUGUUCGGCUUCAUGGCUCUGUGCGUUCUACUGAUCGCCGCUCUCAUCUUGAGCGCCGUAUACUCGCAGCUGCACCAUGGCCUGCUGGCAUGGGCCACCCUCUACGGCGGGCGCUACUUCCUCUUCCGGAUCUUCCCGUCGCUGAUAGGCGCAGUCGUGCUGCUCUACGCGCAGUACAUCGCGAAGACCAUGUUUCGCAUCCUGCCCUUCGUUCGGCUGGCGUCGAGCGUGCCCGAGGAGCGGGAAGGCGCCCUGUUUCAGGAGCUGUAUCCUUCCUUCCUCUGGCCGCACCUGGUCGGGCCGUGGAAUGUCUGGGUGCCCACUCUGGUUACCUGGCUGAUGAAUUUCACCAUUCCGCUGCAGAGCUCGGUGUUCACCGUCAUUCUGGUCGACCAGACAUGGACGUGGGCUACGGUCCAGGGCGUCGCGUGGACGCUCGUGGCGCUGUACCUGGCGCUUUUGGUUUCCACUGUCAUCGUCUGGCGGUACUGGGCCACGCUGGAGAGUACCGGGCUCAUCUGGGACCCCAGAUCGCUCGCCGACAUUGCCGCCCUCGUCUCCGAGACCAACACCGCCGGAGACUACCGAAUGACCCAGCUAGCGCGUACCAGGGACGGGAUCCGGUUCGCCCUGCGCCGCCGCGUUGGCGACAGGCUGUGCUACUGGACAUGGAAGGAUGGCCGGCACGGCUUCUGGCACACGCUCGGCAGCCCCAUGGAUGAGGCCAACCUCAUCCCCAUUCCGGACCUUGCAUCAGGGCAGCCCAUGCAACGACACGACGAGAAGCAGACAGGCGGCUUGUUCGGCACCGACCCGGACGAGAACCACGACAUCGAAGCCUCUCGCACAUCCACCCCCGCUCGGCACCGCUACCUCCCUUGGUGCCUGCGCAGCAGCCAGCUCCUCUGGUUCACCGUCACCGCAUUCAUCCUCCUCCUGGCGAUCUUCAUCGUCUCCUUCCUUCCCUCCACCCGCAUCGCCAAGGGCUUCCCGCCCGAUCUCAAAGCCGAUCCCCAACCCGGUGCCUUCUCCUCGGCCGACUUCCUCUACAGCUUCCUCCCGUCGCUGCUCGGCACCCUGGUCUUCCUCGCCUUCCAGCCGCUCGACACCCACCUGCGCGUGCUCCAGCCCUGGGCGGCCCUCUCGCAGCCCCGCGGCGCUCCCGCGCACCGCUCCAUCCUCGCCGACUACGCCGCCUGCGCGCCGAUUCAGUGUACCCUGCACGCCCUGCGCAACCGCCACUGGCGCGUCGCCGUCCUGUCCCUGCUCUCCACCCUCUUCGUCCUCAUCCCCGUCCUCGCCGGCGGCGCCUUCAUGGCCCUGACGAACACCUCCUCUUCUUCAGAAAGCACACAGUCAUACGGAGAAGUGCUCAUCUACCCCAACACACCAGCCUACGCCAUCCUCCUCGCCCUGCUGCUCCUCUACCUCGGCGCGCUCGCCUCCCUCCUCCCCGCCCGCGCCAACCUGCGCAUGCCCCACGCCGUGACCUGCCUCGCCGAGAUCGUCGGCUACCUUGUCGCCGCCGACCUGCGCGACGAGCCCGCGUUCAAGCGCUGCGUCAGCAGGGACGAGAUGGUGGGCAAGAUGGGGCUGGCGGGCGCCGGCGGCGGCCGCGCGCAAGGAGAGAGUUGGUGGGUGUUUAGUGGUGGUAGUGGGCCGGGGAACGUGGGCGGUGAGGCUGCUGCUACUGGUGGUGCUGGUGAGGAGCUGGCUGUGCGCCGGGUGAAGCGGUUUACCGAGAAGCGGCGGGUGAGGAAGAGUCAGAUCAGGAGGGUGGCGUUGUUGUGAGGGUUCCUUUCAGGGCUGGCUGUGACUUAUUUUUUUUUUUUUUUUUUUUUCUUUAAUGGCGAGGGAGGGAAAUGGGUAAGGGGAGGAAUGGUUGGUGGAAUGACGUUAUGAUGUUGUGCAUGGCCUGGCGGUGUUAUGCAUUUCUGGUGGUUUCUUUCUCACUUCUCAAUGCAUGGCGAUGGCGAGUUCACUGGUUGAUUACCUGGGACUUGGAGU